UAGAUUUAGAUUAGAUUUAGAUUAGAUUUAGAUUAGAUUUAGAUUAGAUUUAGAUUAGAUGGUCUCCUCAGUAGGAUUUCUGGGAGUCAAAGGCCAAAACAUCUGGGGACCCACAGGCUGAGAACCACUGCAAUGUGGCUUGACUUUGCCCUUCCCCUCUCUUUAAGCCUGCCCACUUUCGCAGCAGCUACUUCCCACCCCCACCCCUUUUGUUCAGAGAGCUGAGAAACAAGAAAAGCAAUGUGUCACCAAAGUCCUCCUUAACAAAAAUGGGGGACAUGAACCCCAAAACUGGGUCUCUUUGAAAGGAGGAGGGUCUUCAUCUCCCUUGGCAGGAGAGGCUGGCAAGCCAAUGCCACCAUGGAGGCCACCAAAGACUGCGCUCUUCUCCAUCACCUUCUUCUGCUCCUUUCUUGAUGUCAGACAUGAUCCGGUACAGAUGCCCGUCCGCCAGGUUAAUGGGAUGCUGAAUGGAACAGUUUUGCUGCCCAUCAGGAACAUUUCCACAUCAGAGACAAUACGUAGAAUUGAAUGGGAUUUUGAGACGCAAGGUGGAACAGGGUUAACCAUAGCCGAAUUCCAAGGUGGGGUACCGGUGCGUCCGAAUCCCAAUGACCGAUUUGGGUCGCGCUUGGAACAAAUUGGUGAGACUUGCCUGAGGAUCCAAAACCUGGAGAAAGAGGACAGCGGGUUGUAUAAGGCCCGAGUGAAGUUUCGCUCGGCAAAGUUUCAAGAGCAUUUCUACCACCUGAAGGUCUAUGAUUAUGUUCCAGUGCCUGUCAUUCGCCACCAAAGAGCCUCCAGCUCUUCAGUUAUUUGCAACGUGACCUUGGAGUGUUGGCUCUCCGAAAAGGCAGGACUCAACAUCUCCUGGAGAAUCGGGGAUGAUCUCAGGACCUUAAAAGGAAGUUCAGACUGGUAUCAGCUCUCCUCCGAUGGCUGGCAUCUUCAUGUUUCCACGUGGUCCAAUGCAACGGACUCCAACGUCACCUGCCUGGUCUCCAAUCCGGUCGAUCAGAAGCACAUCUCCAUUAACUUGCUCUCCAUCUGCUCCCUUGAAGAUGACAGACCAAUACGGAAGCGAUGGUUCAUGAUCCUCGUGGUACCGGUAUGCCUGGCAGUGUUUGUCACAAUCUGGAUUUGUAUGAAAUGGAGGAAACAGUUCACCAGCGGAGCUGACCCUGCCACGCCAAGAAAGAUCAUUCCUGAGCAUCUGUACUAUGAGAACCAAAAUGAGCGGAACUCCCCUGAAAUGGACAAUUGCCAGGAAGCGGGCAGUCGCUCUCAGAGAAACCCGACGGAGAACCCUUUGACGGUGUAUUCCAUGGUCCAGCCCCGUUUGGAUCUCUCCAAACAGGUCAUUUGAGUCGGAUCGGGUUGGAAACAAAGCAUCGGAAUGGAUUUGCCUUGGAACAUGCAAAACUUUGGAAACUUUAAAAUGUUUAGGAAAUAUUUUCCAAAAUGUUUUUCUGUUCAGGACUUUGGAUCAGAGUUGGGGUUUGCACAGAAAAUGGCAUUUUUGGCUACGAUUGGACAUUGCCAUAUGAUAGUUUGGAACUGCAUUAGAUGAUCAGUGUAGACCAGUGGUUCCCAACCUGUGGUCCCUGGACCACCAGUGGUCCCCAACAACCUCACUAUUACUACACCAUUGCAAUGGGAGUCUUGCAAAACCCUCCUAUAGUGCCAAGGCAAUGGGGAUGUCGGUGGGAGGAGAGGCUAACUAUCCAUAAAAGGCAUGACAACAAGCCUCCUGACUGCUGCUUCUCCUCCUCCUUCUUCCUCCUGAGCGGAGCCCUUCCAUGUGGUGCCUGGAAGCGGGGAUGCCUUGGUGUCUUCAUUUUUAGACCUGUUCCUGGGGUUAUUUGGGGUGCUGAUUCAGAAAAAUGCAUUGGACAGCUCUAAAUUAUUAAAUAUAGUUUUCUGUGGGCGAGCAGAUGGCGACUGCUGGAUGGCAUAUGUUCUGUAUAAGAAGCUAAAGCUGAUGUGGUUUAUCCAAUGCUAUUUUAUGAAUCAGCACCCCAAAUGACCAAAUCAGAUUCAUAGCCCUUUUGAUACUAAUGUUCUUCCCAAGAGCCCGAGACAGGGCUGAGCCUCUAUACCUCUCCUGAGAGGCCUUUUAGGACUAAAUGGCGGAGCUAGAGGAGUGGGCGUGGCUUCUUCCCAAGAGCCCGAGACGGCUGAGCCUCUAUACCUCUCCUGAGAGGCCUUUUAGGACUAAAGGGCGGAGCUAGAGGAGUGGCCGUGGCUUCUUCCCAAGAGCCCGAGACAGGGCUGAGCCUCUAUACCUCUCCUGAGAGGCCUUUUAGGACUAAAUGGCGGAGCUAGAGGAGUGGGCGUGGCUUCUUCCCAAGAGCCCGAGACAGGUCUGAGCCUCUAUACCUCUCCUGAGAGGCCUUUUAGGACUAAAGGGAAGGGCUGGGGGUGGGGCCCCUUCCCAAGAGUGCGAGACAGGGCUGUGCCUCUAUAUACCUCCCCUGAGGCGCUUGUUAGAACCCGGGGGCAGGGUAUAGAGGAUCAGUCCCGUCAGGCACUUGGGAAGAUGCCCCGCCCUCUCUUCUAGCCCCGCCUCCUGUGUCCUGGCAGGUGCUGUAGGACAGGGAUAGAAGCUCAGCCCUGCCUCAGAGCUCGUAACUCCGCCCAUCCCAGUCCUGGCCGCCCAUUUGUGGUCCCACCCACCUCCCCUCCCAGCUCUGCAUCUUGGACUAACGGAGAGGCUCAGCCCCGCCCUCUUGAGCAGGAGCCACGCCCACCCCUCUAAGCCACUCCCCCCUUUCCAGGGGGCGCUGGGUAAUAUUUUUUCUGGAAAGGGGGCGGCAGGCCAAAUAAGUUUGGGAACCACUGGUCUACCAUAUCAUGCAGGUCCAAACUGCACUAUAUGGCAGUGUAGAUCCAGAGCAAAAUGUACUGCACAAAAAGCAGCAUUCCCUGUUAGAAAUCUCAUUUUUGGUGCAUAAAAUGACAUUAAAUAUGUCUUUUCACUCCCCCAAAAGGUAAAAAGCGAGUUUUCCCGUUCCUGGACCAAAGAGAUUCUUUACUGUAACAGGGCUUUUGGACAGCAGUGCCCAGAAUCCCCCAUCAAGGAUGAUGACAUUUGAGGCUAUUGGGUUUUGUCCUUGCUUUUUUUUUUUUUUUUUUGUUU